AGAGAAGAUUCCUGAACGUUCUCACGCAUCAGCCGGCACGCCGCAUGCUGCUACACAGCUUCAUGGAACAAGAACAAGGGUGUAUCACUGCUGACUGAAACCCUACUGUAGCUGCUGCUGUCACCUUACCAGCACUGAAUUAUAUUCCUGUUCUUCCGUGUAAUUACUGUACUCUACACUGUUUAUUUAGCCAGAGAAGAUGUCGGUUGUCGGGUUUGACGUCGGGUACUUGAACUGCUAUGUAGCGGUAGCCAGAGCCGGGGGGAUUGAAACUGUCGCGAAUGAAUACAGCGAUCGAUGUACACCAGCAUGUGUUUCGUUUGGACCGCGGAAUCGAUCGAUCGGUGCUGCUGCAAAGAGCCAGAUCGUCACAAACUGCAAGAACACAGUCCAAGGGUUCAAGAGGUUUCAUGGAAGGGCGUUUUCGGAUCCAUUUGUGCACAAACUCAAAAACAGUUUGGUGUAUGAUAUUGCACAGAUGCCCACUGGAACAACUGGCAUCAAGGUGAUGUACAUGGAGGAGGAGAAAGUCUUUAGCAUUGAACAAGUCACCGCUAUGUUGCUGACGAAGCUGAAGGAGACUGCAGAGCAAGCUCUCAAGAAGCCUGUGAAUGACUGUGUUGUGUCUGUUCCCUGCUACUACACUGAUGCUGAGAGGAGAUCAGUAGUAGAUGCUGCUCAGAUUGCUGGUCUCAACUGCCUGAGGCUCAUGAAUGAGACAACUGCAGUUGCAUUGGCAUAUGGCAUUUAUAAACAAGAUCUCCCUGCCCCGGAGGAGAAGCCCAGGAAUGUGGUGUUUGUCGACCUCGGCCAUUCUGGAUACCAGACAUCAUUGUGCGCCUUCAACAAGGGCAAAGUCAAGGUCCUUGCUACAGCUUGUGACCCGGAGUUGGGAGGAAAGGACUUUGAUGAGGUAUUGGUGAGGUAUUUCUGCGAGGAAUUUGGCAAGAAGUACAAGAUUGAUGUCAAGACUAAGCCCAGAGCUCUGGUCAGACUUUACCAGGAGUGUGAGAAACUGAAGAGAGUGAUGAGCGCUAACUGCUCUGAUCUGCCGCUCAACAUCGAGUGCUUCAUGAAUGACAUUGACGUCUCUGGAAAAAUGAACAGAGCUCAGUUUGAAGAGAUGGCCGCUGAUGUUUUUGCCCGAGUUGAGGCUCCACUGCAGUCCUUGCUGGAACAAACCAAACUGAAAAGGGAAGACAUCUAUGCGGUAGAGAUCGUGGGGGGAGCUUCCAGGAUCCCAGCUGUCAAAGAGAGAAUCAGCAAAUUCUUUGGAAAGGAGAUCAGCACCACACUGAAUGCUGACGAAGCUGUGGCCAGAGGAUGUGCCCUGCAGUGUGCAAUUCUGUCACCUGCCUUCAAAGUGCGCGAGUUCUCCAUCACGGACGUUGUUUCCUAUCCCAUCUCCUUGAAGUGGCACUCAGCUGCUGAGGAAGGUCUCAGUGAUUGCGAGGUCUUCCCUGUGAACCACGCGGCACCUUUCUCCAAAGUGCUCACCUUCUACCGGAAAGAGCCUUUUAACCUGGAGGCUUACUACAACAACUCUAAUGGUCUGCCCUACCCGGAUCCCACUAUUGGUAAGUUCCUGAUCCAAAAGGUUGUGCCACAGGCUUCUGGGGAGAGCUCCAAGGUGAAAGUCAAAGUGCGGGUAAACAUCCAUGGCAUCUUCAGUGUCUCCAGCGCCUCCCUGGUUGAAGUGCAGAAGUGUGAGGAGGGCGAGGAACCCAUGGAAACCGAACAGGCCAAUGAGAAAGAUGGAGAGAACAAGAUGCAGACCGAUCAAGAGGAGCAGCAGGGAGAUGGUCCGAAAGAAGCAGAAGAGAAGACGCCACGUGAGAACGAGGAGAUGGAGAUCACCCCAGAGGAAGGCAAAGGCGAGAAGAAGUCCGACCAGCCCCCACAAGCCAAAAAGCCCAAAGUCAAAACAAAAGUGCUUGAUCUUCCGAUUGAAAACAGUCCACAGUGGCAGCUAGCUGAUGACAUGCUCAAUCUUUUUGUAGAAAAUGAGGGUAAGAUGAUCAUGCAGGACAAGCUGGAGAAGGAGAGGAAUGACGCCAAGAACUACGUGGAGGAGUAUGUGUACGAGAUGAGGGACAAAUUACACGGGAUCCUGGAGAAGUUCGUCAGUGAAUCUGACCGAGAUGCACUGUCAAUUAAGCUGGAGGACACUGAAAACUGGCUGUAUGAAGAUGGAGAGGACCAAUCCAAACAAGUGUACAUUGACAAACUGAAUGAGUUAAAGAAACUUGGCCAGCCAAUCCAGGAAAGGUACACAGAGGCUGAAGUCAGACCUAAAGCAUUUGAGGAACUAGGAAAACAAAUCCAGCAGUACAUGAAAUUUGUGGAAGCCUGCAAAAUGAAGGAAGAGCAGUAUGACCAUAUAGAUGAUGCAAAUGUCCAGAAGGUGGACAAAAUGGCCAGCGAGGCUAUGAUGUGGAUGAAUAGCGCCAUGAACCAGCAAAGCAAACAAAACUUGACUGUCGAUCCAGCCGUCAAAGUAAAAGACAUUCAAGCAAAAAUAAGGGAGCUCUUCUCCACUUGUAACCCCAUUGUGACCAAGCCCAAGCCCAGGGUAGAGCUUCCCAAGGACGAGACUGCAGCAGAGCAGAACGGGCCUGUCAAUGGACAGGAGAAACCCCAGGAUGCAACCGCAGACAAGGGAACAACUGAGAACACAGGCACCUCAGAAACCACAGAAACCAAGCCUGAAAUGGACCUUGAUUAAAGCAGCGUAAUGCACUGUAAGCAAAGCUGCACCGGAUCUGGCUGUUUCAGAUUGAGAUGCAGCCUGGGUGUAUAUCAGAGCAGGUAAAGUGUUUCAGGAAUUGCACUCCACAGUCAAAAGCAGGCAGGGUGAUUAGCACACUAAGCCCAGCUCCUGGUGGUAUCUCUGUCUGAUGACAUAGCAUGCCCUCUCUCUUUCUGGAAGACAUAAAUCAUAAGCCAGCCGCAAUAAGCCUGUUUGACAAUGAGCGCUGUACACAUAAUGGUAUUUAUUUCUGUUGUGUGCCCUGUAAGUGUUCUGGUCUGUGUCACAAUAUGGUUUUAAUAAAGUUAUUGAAAAUG